AUGUGCAAACAUAUUCUCAACGCGCAGGUCGCCGUCCGAUCUCCAUGCUGCAGAAAAUGGUUUGACUGCGUUGAGUGCCACGGUGAACAAGAGAACCACCCUCUCAAGGAAAGCUUCGAAAUGAUCUUCGCUUGCAAGAAGUGCAGGAAGUGUUUCCGAAAGGACAUUAAGGAGUUUGAAGAAGCCGACGAGUUCUGUCCCCACUGCGAUAACCACUUUGUCAUCGAGGCGAAAACCCCCCAGGCGGCCCUGUCAAUCGAAAGCGAAGACGUGCGAAUGGACAACAAGAUGCUUAAGGAUGAGAGACAAAAGACCAGAGGAAUUAGGUCUAUCUUUGACCCGUCAGACGAUGCCGACAAGCUAGGAUAA